AUGCAUUGUGUUGUUUGUCCUACCCGAAAGUCAUAUAUGGCUGAGAAAGAAGGUAAGUUCUCUUUGUGGCCACAUUCCAACACACUUUUAACGGGACGCUUCCAAGAGAGUGAGGAGAGCCGCAAACGUAUCGCUAAAAUGUCUGGAAUGGAAUUCGAACCAAUGCAACCACCUGAGGAUAAGGGUGAAUUGAAGCAACCGGAGAAGAAAAUCGGAAUCCUUGACGUAUUCAAGGAGCCUCAGCUACGUAAAAAUCUGCUCGUUCUGUGGAUGAUGUGA